AUGCCAACCGCACAAUCGAAAAACACCAAGAAGAAUAAAUCAGGAGGAAAAACGUCGUCGAAUGGAGCAGCGACGGGCAAGCAAGCCACGGAGACAGCGGUAGGAUGGCCGAUGCUGAAGCCGAAACCGAAGUUGAAAGCGGAGACGAUAAUCCCGUCGCAGAUCAUGACGAUGAGGGAGCUGCUCACGGAGGAAGAAUGUAAACGGGUGAUCCGGGCACUGGACCAUCUGAGGACGGCCGAUGGAGAUAUCCUUCGGUUCGAGACCACCAGUCGGACACCUAAACGCGGCGAGGCCUUCCGAUACAACGACCGGAUCUCCAUCCAUGACCCGCUCUUCGCCGACACCCUUUGGGCGAAAACCGGCCUCAAAACUUCCUGUGAAGCCUGGCUCCGCGAACAAGGCUCUCAUCGGGAUGACGACCCCCAGGCUGCCCGGUGUUGGGGCCUCAACCCCAAUCUCCGGUUUUAUAGAUAUCGGGUCGGACAUAAGUUCGAGAAACAUUUCGACGAAUCCGUCCAGAUUUCUAAGUCCGAUCUUUCCUCCUCCUCCUCAUCAUCAUCAUCAUCAUCCUCUGCGAUCCAGUCCGAGAUGCCGGAGACACUAUGGACGGAACACACGUUAUUAAUUUAUCUGACUGGAUCGAAGGAUCCGAUCCAAAAAUCGACAAAAGAGGAGGCAGAGUCGCAAACGGGGGCUGAUGGCGAGCCUCUUUUAAGAGGUGGAGAGACGGUCUUUUAUAACACCCCGAUCAGGAGCCAAAAACGACUAACCCAAGAACAUUCCGUCGCCGCUUCUGUUAGCCCAGUGGCUGGCUUGGCGUUGAUUCAUCGUCACGGAUCCGAAUGCUUACUCCACGAAGCACGUGAAGUCACCGCAGGAGCUAAAUACGUCCUCAGAAGUGACUUGGUAUUCGGAUAA